AUGGACCGGAAGCGCAUCAACGACGCGCUCGACAGGCACCUGCGGGCGGCCACGGAGCGGUCGUCGCCCUCCACCUCCCGCGGCACCAAGCCCAAGCCGCCCCCCGCCGCCGCCCCCAAACCCAAAGAGCAGCUGGAUUCGGACAGCAGCGAGGGGGGCAGCGCCGGCGGGUCCUCGGAGGCGGACGACACCUUCUGGAUCAACUGGUUCUGCGCCAUGAGGGGCAACGAGUUCUUCGCCGAGGUGGAUGAUGACUACAUCCAGGACGACUUCAACCUCUGCGGCCUCAGCGCCCAGGUCCCCUACUACGACCACGCCCUCGAUCUCAUCCUCGACCUCGAGCCCGUCCAGGGUGUUUGCCGAUGA